AUGUCAAACGUAACUUCUAAUAUUUUUUAUGAAAUUGCUGGAAAUUAUACAGGUAAUAAUCAUACCAAUAAUCAAAAGAAAACUGGUGAAAAAAAAGAAAGUGAUUUUAAAAUUAUUAGAUUCACAAUUCUAAGAGGUGAAGUAUUUAAAGCAUGGGAUUCAAAUGGAUUGGCAGAUCCAAAAGUUUUAGUAUAUUUAUUAAAAGAGAAAAAAGAUGGAGAAGAAUCAAAGAAAUUAUUAUUCAAAACCAAUGUAUGUAAAAAAACAUUGAACCCAAAUUUCCAAUUCUCUGAAAUGUAUAAAAUUCCUUUAAAAGCAAACAAUAUCAUUGUGGAACUUUGGGAUGAUGAUCUUGUUAUGGAUGAUUUUAUUGGUAGUUGUAAAAUCCAUAUAAACUUUAAUGAUACCCCAGAAGCUCAUAAUCUUAUAUUACACGAUAAAGAAAAACAUGCUCAGGGUAAUGUUAUGAUGAUGAUGCAAAAAGUUGAUAAAAAUGGUCAUAAUUUAUUAAAUGUAAAAAAUUAA